AACAAUUACAAAUUGUUAAGUGGUUUUAAUUUCACUAUAAUUAACAGGUAUUCUACGUAGAGAGAUGAGCCUCCCGAUCUUUUCGCGUCAAUAAUACCAAUCACUACAGCUUAGGGUAAAUAUAUACGACUCAUCAUGUCCGAGUUAGAGGGCUCUAAGUCACAUUCUCUGUCCAUUCAGGGCCAGGAGGACAGCGAACGCGCGGAGGCGGAAGUGGGAAUAGAAGACAAGUCAGCGCAGAAAGAAGUCGGCUGGGAAAACGAUGACGACCCCGAAAACCCCCAGAAUUGGACUUUAUCGAAGAAAGCAAUUAAUAUCGGUAUUGUCUGCAUACUCGCAUUCGUCACACCUAUGGCAUCAUCCACGAUCGGACCAGCUAUCCCACUUGUAGUCAGUGAUCUUCAUGAAACCCGCAAACCAGUAGUCGCCCUGGUGGUGUCGAUUUACGUUCUCGGAUUCGCGUUUGGGCCACUCGUAACAUCGCCCCUCUCCGAAUUGUACGGCCGUCGGUUAAUCUACAACAUCUCUAAUGUCGUCCAUUUGGCUUUUACCAUUGGUUGCGCUCUUGCACCUAAUAUGGCAGUACUUAUCGUAUUUCGAUUCAUUGCUGGUUGUUUUGGCGCUACGUCGCUAAAUGUCGCGGGUGGCAGCAUCGCGGACCAAGUCCCACUCGCUAAAAGGGGUGCUGUAAUGACGGGAUUGUUCGCGGGCAUAUUUCUGGGCCCAGUGAUUGGGCCAGUUAUUGGAGGUUUUCUCGCUCAAGGAGCCGGUUGGAGAUGGAUAUUCUGGUUGCUCGUAAUAAUGAUCGGCGUCAUGACAGUCCUCACUUUCUUCUUCCUAACCGAAAGCCACGGUCAAACAAUCUUACGCCGGAAGGCCGAACGUCUUAACAAGGAGAAUCCCGAUGCUUACAGCGUGCCCGUAGCUAACGUCCGCGCCGUCCUCCUUCGUGCCAUUCUACGACCCAUGCGAAUGCUAAUUCGGAGCCCGAUCGUCACUGGCCUCUCAAUCUAUCUCGCUCUCAUUUACGGAUACUUAUAUCUCCUAUUUACCACCUUCUCCACCGUGUUCGCCGACCAAUACGGCUUCGAUACCGGUAUCUUAGGCCUCGCAUUUCUCGGACUAGGAGUCGGCAUGAUCGUCGCUCUGGCAGUAUUAUCUUGGCUGAGCGAUUGGCUCCAGGAAAAAUCUACCAAGAAACACGGGGAAUCCAAACCGGAAUACCGUCUUCUUCCUCUCAUCUUCGGCAUACCGUUUCUACCAAUAGGUCUCUUCGGCUAUGGUUGGACGGCGCAGUACGCGGAGCACUGGAUGGUGCCUAUCUUUUUCACCAGUCUCGCUGGUGUUGGGCUUAUAUUCUCCUUCGUCCCGACGCAGAUAUACAUGGUCGAUGCGUUCACGAAAUACGCAGCCAGUGCGCUCGCCGCUACUAGUGUUGUCCGUAGCAUUUUCGGCGGAUGUCUUCCUAUUGCGGGAUUGCCGAUGUACUCUACCCUGGGAUACGGUUGGGGCAAUUCUCUGCUUGGAUUCUUAGCUAUUAUAGCCUCAGUGGCUCCGUUCCUCUUCUUAAAGUAUGGCGAGAAGCUUAGGACCAAGUACGAGGUUUCGUUCGAUUAGAUUAAUACUAUUCACCUGUCUACCUAGGUACGGUUAACAAGAUAAUUAUUCGGGAAAAGACACGUGUAAUACGGGCAGGUUACACCAGAAAUUUGGGGUUAGGGUUGGGGUUUUGGUUUGGGGUUAAGAGAAAAAGAAAAAAGACGAGGAAGAGGAAGAGGAGGAAGAAGAAGAGAAGGGAA